GCGGGAGGAGAUGGCGGUGCGGCGACAGCUGCGGGAGCUGUUUCGGGACCCGCAGCCCGUCGGGGCCAUCGUGGUGGAGCGGCCGUCCGCCCCCGCCGCUACCUCCUGGAUUACGCUGUCGCCGCCGCCGUCCUCGUCUUCCUUGCCGCCGUCUUCCUUGCCGCCGUCCCCGGUGCCAGCGUCGCCGCCGUGGCAGCGGGGUCCGCUGCCGGCGGAGUGCGCCGUGUUCCACUGCCGCGGCUGCUGGGCCGUGCUGGGGGACUCGCUGCAGCUGUGCGGGCAAGAGCCGCCGGGGCUCAGCGUCCUCAUCUGCUUCAAAGUCACCAGCGAUGUGACCUGGGAUGAUUCGCUGUUGGUCGGCCUCGAGGGAGCCCUCCUGGGAUGUGCAUAUUAUUUAUUAUCCUGUCGGUCAUGUGGCUUGGCCGUUGGCUUCAUUCUUUAUUCUUCUGCCAGUGACCUGGCGUACCUCCGAGGCUUGUUCUGUUUCUUCAAGGACAGCAUUGUCUGUUACCUAUUAAAAACCCAAAAGAUUACAGAAGCUUCUAAGGUGAAUUUUCCUGCUGUGACCUUAAUGGAACAAAUGCAGAAAGUGAAAGAAAAGCUUCUGGAGUUCCACACUCGCAUAGAAUUGGUGGUGAAGAAGCUGAAGAAACUGGAACAAAAUAAUUAUGCAACAGAGUGGCAAGACUCUGCAUCAGAUCCAGAUGACCUACUGCCAGGAUAUACAAGAGUUAAUGCCAACUAAUAGCCAUUUUCAAGAACUGCUGGAGUUGUUUCUGCAUCUCUGCUGAGUUUGGUCACUAUGAUGAAAUAAUGCAUCAGAACGGGUUUGAGUGUUGAUUUGUCACUUUAUAUAUGGARAGAACUGAUGAUCAAGUGCAUCCCUUCAAGAGAACACCUAAAAAUCUGACAUACUGAAAGUUGUGCUUGGAAGACUGAACAGCUCACCCCUGCAGCACAUCACUCUGAGGCUGGUUUUURUAAUUGCUUCAGGGGGAAAACCACCCUUUGAAAUACUAAAGUCAGGUUUCUGGAGCUAUGGAAAACAUACUGAUGAGAUGAUGAGAUUCAAGAGCUGCUAUUACAAAUUAAACAUUCUUACAGACUUAAGUUUUGUCCUACCUUUUAAUACCAAUAGUGUUAAUGGCAGCCUUGGUUUUACAGGCAGCUAGUUUUCAGUUAAGUGGCUCAUUAGCUAUAUCUCAUAUGUGAGCCACUGCUAAAUGGACUCCUGAAUAGUUUUUAGAUUUGCUUGUGUGUGUUGCCUGCAAAAGCAGCAGACUAGCAUGUCACAGAUGCUGCACAGUUUUCUCACUCCAUGAACCUGGAUGGCAGCAUGCAGGCAGAACACAAGGUUUUGGAUUUCAGUUGAAGGGCAACCCCCCUGCCUGCUAAGUCUGCAGGAAGUGCAGCCCCAUGGCUGCACAGGACUUAGAGAAAUUAUGCAAGCUGAGGUUGUGAGCAACGGCCUUGAACAGAUUUGAGCAUUUCUUUCUGGGAUUUGAACUGUGAAACCAAGGAACAGUCUUCUGCACAAUCAUGARAACACUGCUGUGCUGAAGUUAGGAUUUGCCUGCUGCCUUCAAUUGACCAGUUAAGAUGUUUAAUAAAAAAUAUCUAAGGGGUACUCAUUUCUCAUUGGCAAUUCUGUUGCAAAUUGCUUCUGCUUAUUUCCAGACAUUUAAAAAGUAAUUUUACAGAGAAGAAAGAGCACUACUUACCCUUUGUUACUAGAAGAGAAUAUCCCUAAUUCUUGUUGGAAGAUUUAAGAGUCCUUUUCCUCUCCCUUUUGCUGCCGAAAGGGCUAAUGUUUUUUCCUAAAGGGCUAAUAACUUUUUGGAAAGUAUAGUAGUUAUCUGCAGUAGACUAGAGAGGAUUCUGUUUACUUGAUCACCUUAAUUCCAGUGAUGCAAAUUGUCUUCUACUUCCAUACAUAUGACCAGCAGGUUGCACACCUCAUUGCUGCUGCUGCCAGUUCUCCCUAUGUUUUGUCUUAUUUAUAAAAUAACUUGUAAUGGUCUUGGGGCAGAGGGGACAAAACUCACUGUAGGGCACMCCACAGGUUUUAGGUGGGCAGCUGGUACUUAGGCUACUAGUAAUGUUCACUCUUUUGCUUUUUUGUGGGGGUUCUACAUGAUUCAUUGUGAGAAGGAAAACCAUAGAACAUCAACAGUUACUCUGCAGGGAGAGGUGGGACUCUCACAAAWUCUAAUACCAGUUUUGUAGUACUUCCUAAGUGACAGUGCUUGUGUUGUUGCAUCAGUCUAAGAAACGUGAUUGAUAAUGGGACUACUUGCUUUUGCCCUUUCAUGCCAGUUUCUGCACUGAGACGGUUUCUUKCUAUAGACUUCAUGUCUUUACUAUGAAUAAUACUGCUAAAUUGUUUUGCUUCAUUAGUGUUGACCCCUAAGAGAAAAAAAAAAAACCUGUCAGUUACAUUUUUGUAUUAAAGUGUUAAAGAAGGAACUUCUUAAAUAAAAGCUGAAAUUCAGAAAUUCGUAUUAUAUAAAUCAUUGCCAAUAUCAUGUGAGUCUUAGGUCUACAUCUUUUUCCUUUGAUGUUUGCAGAAAGAAAMACAUUUUAUCUUGCUUGGGUCCUGGUUUGUUAUGAAGCAUUAAAAUAAUGAUUCCUCAAGUUAUAUUACUUAGCAUGAAUUUAAACAAAUAGUGAGUAUGUGCUGGAGAAUAGCUGAUACAUUUUUAAACUACAUAUCGGUAAUCUUUGAAACUGGGAGGACCUCUGCAAACCAGAGAAAAAGUUCUUCAGAAAUGAAGUUACAGAAACAAUAAAUAUUGUAUUUCUGAGRAGUGUUACUUUCAGACAAUCAAUACAAGCAUCAGAGGGUUUCUGCUACCCUCUGAAACAACCCUUGAAGCUCUUAAUUAAGUUAUGCAUCUUAGAAUGAGUGAAAUAACCAUUUUUGUUUAGUUGCUGUCCAAGUCAGAGGCUCUUGAGCCUGAAGUCUCCUGGGACAGCUGGCCCCAAAGCAGAUCUCAGCAUAUAUGAAUUCAGCCCAAGUUAAGUUUUGACAAAGCUACAGCAAGUACACCUCAGAAGUGGAGUGUAUAGUAAGUUGGUGAAUUUGUCUUCUGAACAGAUGACACAUCCAGUUUUAGUGCAUUCUCAGCCUGUGCUGCUUUAUUGCUAAAAAAAUUUGUAUACAGGUGCAGAGUUUCCAGGUUCAUUUUUAAACAGUUCCUCUUUACAGUGUGAAAAGAAUAAAAUCUUAUCUUGAAAUACCUCAAAGAUGCAUAGAUAUAAAAGCAAGCUGCCUUUUGGAAAUACAUCAGAAUUUGCAGGGAGACAUUCUUUCACUGUUACCAUGUAAAAUAUGUGCAAUGGGAGUACAUAGWUUAUAGUCACAGCAAUAAUUUCCUCCGCUAAUCCAUGCAAGAAUUCUAUCAGAAGUUCAGUAUAUGUACUUUAUUAAGUAUUAUUAAGUAGYAAGGUAAUUUUUAGGAAUUUAUACCUAAUGCUUCUCCUUUGCUGUUAUAAUUUUCAAAAGGAAGAUAACUUUACUGAGAUCCUGAAGUAUUCCCCAGAUUAUACUGAAGGGAAAUAUAAAGGAUACAAUGGCUUAGUCAUUUAAAAAAAAAAAAAAAAAAAAAAAAAAAAAAAAACCAAAACAGACUUUAAAACCAUGCAUAGUAUUCUAAAGAAUUAAGAAUGACCUUGGUUAACCGCUGGGCUAAACUUGUCUUACAAAUUUUCUUGUUGCUUGAAGAAGUUGGCUCAAAGACUUUCAUUCACUCUUACUUGUGAUACCAUAGAAURGUUAUUUUAUUUUGUAAUAUUCCUAUCUUCAUUUGGCAAUUCUUAUAUAUCUAAAAAAAGCAUUCAUGGGAAAAAACRUAACUCCCACUCUAAACCCAAAUCACCGUGCUUUAUAAUGGUUGGCUAUGAAGUAUAAACAGGAGUUAACUUGACAUACAAUUUCUUCCUCCAAGACACUUCUUUCURUUUAAGAGAGAGGACUGAGCCUCUGUACAUGGAGAAGUGUUYUGCACAAGAUAAGCCCACUUAAAAAUUAAGCUAAGCUACAAGUAUGGAAUWCUGCAGUAACAAGCUAGUAUUCUAUAUGUUUAAUUACAAGUUUAAACUUGGAAAAGUAUUAGUGAUKUAGGCUAUGCCACACAUUCUCUUAUUUCCAAACUGCCAACAGAAAUUAACUGCAUUAACCACUAAGAGACUUGAAUUACAGAGAACACACUAAGAGUUUACAGAAAGAUGGCACCCAAAUUCCCUUUUAUUUAAUAAGUGAAAUAAAGAAAAAAAGACAAUUGCAACCUCUGUUGCAGAAGAUAAAGACCUUCAGUGAUCAAAUCUCAUUUUCUGUUUUAAAAAUAUCUUUAAAGAACUUAAAAAAUAUACAAAUUACCAGUAUUUUCAGGUUCAUUCCUGCGGAUGCCAUUAUUGCUGGCUGGUACCAGUAUGCUUCAGUACAGCUGCCUUUGUGGCUAGAGUUACCUGAAAAUACUGUCUAUUAAAAAGCUAUUCAACACCUGAAAAAUAUGUACUGUGCUUAUUAAUUUCAGUCUUCCCUUAAAUAAUUUCUCUCACCACACUCAAGCUCAUUACCUACUGUCUCGCAAAUACUACACUCAAUUUGAGUCUGUGGUUUCUGUUACUUGUUUGUUGGCUUGGGUUUUGGGGUGGUUUUCCUGUGUUGUUUUGUGGGUUUGUUUUUUUUUCUUCCCACCCAGUUGAUCCCCCUGCACCGCGUAAGAAACUCUGCACCCUUUUCCUUGCUACAGCUGCAGCAGGUGAGAAACCCCAUCUCGCCUUUAAACAUGCUUAGUUCAUGCCCUGUUUUUUACAUGCUCAGGACAAUGAUGUGAACCAGACAAGAGGUUAUAAAGGCGAGUUCUGCUGAUCCUGGUUUCUGAUUUACAGUUUUGGUGCCAUGCUUCUGUCCCUAUCUAUACGUUCUGCCCCCUUCUCUACAGAGGCAGCACAUUCUCUAUAAAAAUCCAAAAUCUGAGAAUCAAAGCAGGAAGUUCAAGCUAUUGGUAUAUUAAUU